AAAAUUGGACGCUAAAAUUGAUUAUUUAGCUAUAAUCAAUAAUUCUAUAUUAAAUCUCAAUGAAGUUGAAGAUACAAAGACGAAACUAUCUAAUCAAUUGAUUUUGCAGAAUAAUCAAAAUCUAUAUAAUAAAUUAGACUACUUGAAUGUCAACAAUCAUCUCAGCUUGUUAGAUAUUGACAGCUCCAUCGACCAAACUAAUGAUAAACUCUCAAAUAUAAGAAAUGAAUCUAAUAACUCUCAAUCUAUCAUUAAAAAUAUGAUCCUAGAUAUAAAAACUCUCAAUCAAGUAAAGACUAAUCUCGUGAAUACAAUGAAAGUACUGAAAUCUUUACAAUUACUAGUAAACUUAACUAAUCAAAUCAAUUAUCAAUUGAAUCAACAAUUGUACACGAACUUGGCCAAGCAGAUUGAGGAAUUGAAUGGUUUGAUCGAGUUCCUUACUCCUCUAGCUAGAGUUCCUAGAAUAGCUGAUCUAUUAACUCAAUCUCAAUUAGUUCUAUCAAAUCUAAAGCAGAACUUAAUCAAUGAUUUCAAACAAUAUUGGUCUUCUAGCCUUUCUCUAGAUAUGGGCGGUGAAAGACAGAGAAAGAAAAUCAAAGAUUCAGCUAUUUUAAUUGAAUGUUUGGGUGAAAAUAACAAAACAGAUAUUAUCAAUUGGUUCACCCAAUACACUUUGAAAGAUUACAAAAGAAUAUUUAAACCAACAGACGAAGCUGGUCAAUUAGACAAUCUAUCAAGGAGGUUCUCCUGGUUCAAUAGGGUUUUGAACCAUUUUCAAGAUCAACAGUCUUUGUCUAAUAUUUGGCCUAAACAUUGGAAUGUAAGGAAGUCCUUAUUGGCUCUAUUUGUCAGUUAUACAAAUGAAGAUCUUAAAUUCGUCCUUUCAAAUACAAAAUUGAACGUUGAUAACCUCAUUGAAGCAAUAAAACUAACAAAAGAGUUUGAAACUCAAAUGUCAACCAAUGUUGGCGUUAUCUUUGAUGAUAAAAACUUUCAGUCUAUCUCAAUUACAUACCAGAAUGUCUUUAACGUUUACUUUAUACAUCAAGACAACGUUUUAUCCGAUGUUUUCUCGAAAUUUUCAGAUUCAACAUCAUUGCAAGAUGGUCAAGACAAUCACACUGCAUCAGUUUUGGAAUCAUCUAGUGAUCUGUUCUUUAAUUAUAGACAAAUAACUGGUCAAUGUGCAGCACUCACCUACGAUAAACCAAUAGUCGAUCUCUCAAAGCUGUUCAGUAAAUGGUUGAAAAUUUAUGGCCAUGAUGUCUUGAAAUCUAAGUUGAAUAGUGUUGCUACUAGUCGAAGAUCUUUAGAAUCACGUAUCAACACUAAUGAAGUCAAGGUUGCUGGUUUAAUUAUCAAUACUGCUGAUUAUUGUUUAUCUACUGCCGCUCAACUUGAAGAAAAGUUAAAGGAAUACGUGGCAACAUCUCUCAAAGAACAGAUAAGUUUCGAAGAAGAACGUCAAUUAUUUAACUCGAUCAUUGCAAACUGUAUACAGAGGGAUUUGCACAAUUUUGAAAUUGGUAUUGAAACGCCUCUAAGUCAAAUGUCACAAAUACAGUGGUCACAAAUGGGAAAUACGAAAAAGAAUACUAAUUCACCUUCAUCAGUUACUAAUCCGAGUCAAUAUGUCAUAGAGUUGAGCAAUACAAUUAAUGAAAUCUGUAGACAAGUACAAGAAGUUAUCGAUCAUCGUAGAUAUUAUCGAAGCUAUCUUGAUAAAUCCGUCACUUUAACAAUAGCAUUAAUUACUAGAAUUGUUGUUAAAUCACGUCCAUUGAGUUCAUUGGGAGUUGAGCAGUUAUUAUUGGAUCUUCAAAGUAUCCGUCAAACUUUCAUCGACCUGAUCGACAGUCCAAAGGACGUUACAUCAUCAACUUCCACAACGUCAGCAUAUGCAAGACACGUCAAUAGAACAUUUAUGCCACUAGAAACACUUCUUAAAGUGGUGCUAUCUCCAUCAAUACCAGCUGAAGCAUUUGUGCAAUCAUAUACAACCCUAAUCGCAGACAACUCAUCUCAAAAUUUCCAAAAGGUCAUGGAUAUGAAAGGAUUAGGUAAAAAAGAUCAAGCACAGCUCCAAGAAAUUUUCAAAGCUGUCACUGAAAAUGAAACACAAUCCAACUUGAAUUCAACCUCAUUCUUAACGGAGUUGGAUAUGAAUCCUUCCAGCAGACCUAUUAUACCCUUAUCAGUCAUCAAUACAAGAGCUGAAGAUAUCAACGAUUCUCCAUCAGAUUCUAGAAAUAACUCUAAGAACAAUUCGCCUGCCGUACCAAUGUUUUCAGAUUUCAAAAAGUUGUUCAUGCGUAAAAAUUAAAUUAAUAACUGGUUUAUUGAUUGAAAUUGGAUCAUUAAUGCUUUUUUUUACAUAAUCAGCUUGCUUUAGUUCACUUUACAGGAAUGCUUAUGUUGUCUUGCAAAAUGCUUUAUGAAGGGAGUGCCAAUUAUGAUUUCAAUUAUUGAUAAAAAUCAACAAAUUGAAACUAAAAGCAAUUUGGUAUACAUGUUAUGUAUACUUUAUUCUUAAAGUUAGUUUCCAAGCUGCAUCUUCCUCUUUGACAUAAC